GGACUGUAAUUUAAUUUAGUGCAAAAUCUGGAGUGUUUUUGGUCGGUGUAGAGGAAGAAAUGGCAUCACGGCAGGAGAACAGGGCUGAGCUCGACUCCAAAGCAAGGCAAGGCGAGACGGUGGUGCCCGGAGGAACCGGCGGAGGGAGUCUGGAAGCCCAGGAGCACCUCGCCGAAGGUAGGAGCCGAGGAGGGCAGGCGAGGAAGGAGCAGAUUGGGAGGGAGGGGUACCAGGAGAUGGGGCGGAAGGGCGGGCAGAGCACCGUGGACCAGAGCGGCGGAGAGCGUGCGGAGCAGGAAGGGAUCCCUAUUGACGAGUCCAAGUUCAGGACCAAGACUUGAAUGGCCCUUGGUUAACUAUAGCACUGUUAUGAACAUGGUAGUAGUAGUAGUAGUAGUAAAGGCUUAGUGGUUGAUUAGGGUUAGUUGAUAUAUAGUUGCUGUUUCUCUGUGUGUUUGAUCCAGGAGAGACGCUGAGUCUGUGUUCGUGUCGUCGGUGCCUUUCUCCUCAUGUACGUUGUACUUGCUUGUGAGUUUAAAUAAAGAGUGGGCUUCUAUGCUUGCUUCAUAUUUUGCCUAA